CCUCGACUUCCACAGCACCAAUCCUUCGCACAGGUCGUUAGUCAACGCCAAAUCUUCUGUAGCCGCCAACAUGCCGCGCCGAAAAUUCAUAGACAAGAAAAAUGCCAUCAACUACCGGCUCGUCCACCGCGCUCAAAAUGACCCGCGAAUCCACGACACCGAUGCCUCGGACAUGGUCUUCGCGGAGGUCAAUGCCCCUAAUAUGCGCGAGUCCUCCGAGCCCGCUGGCAGUUCUAGAGCAUCCCAGUAUUCGUCCGCUUCAAAGUACUCAGCAGCGACAGGCCGAAGCAAGAUAAAGUCGAGAGGAGAUCUAGAGGAUGAAUUCGGUUUCAACGCCAGGAAGAAUGAGGGCGAAGCUGCAAAUUAUGGCAUCUUCUUCGACGACACACAGUACGACUACAUGCAACAUAUGCGGGAUCUGGGUACCGGCGGAGGAGAGGCAUACUUUGUGGAAGCGCCGACCCAGAAGAAAAAGGGAAAAGAGAAGAGGGAUCUUGCAGAUGCUAUUCGAGCAGCCUCCCUCGACGACAGACAGAGCGAUGCUGGGAUAAGUGUGAGCAGCAGUGUGAGCCGGGCGGCAAGCGAUAUCUUCGGUGAGGAUCUAGCACCGUCUGAGUUUGUACGGAAGACAACCUAUCAGGACCAGCAAAAUAUUCCGGACGCAAUUGCAGGCUUCCAACCGGACAUGGACCCUAGGUUAAGGGAAGUCCUCGAGGCACUCGAGGAUGAAGCAUAUGUGGAUGAUGAGGAGGAUAUCUUCGCGGAGCUGACGGAAGACCCAGUGGAGGUGGAGCAGCGGGAGUGGAAGGCGACGGGCUUUACCGAUGACGAUUCAAUAAACCGAUUCCUCGAUGAAGACGACGAGGGCUGGGAGACGGACGACACGAUCAAGGCCUCUUCUCCACCAAACGGCACAAAGGCGAAGCAAGAAGCCCCCACAGAGCCAAUCGAUCCUGAAACGCUUCCUGCCCCAGAUGAAGCCCCGGCCCCAGCAGAAGAAGGGCAUAUGUCCUACCUAGAGGAAUUCAAGAAGUUCAAGAACGACGCUAAGGCUGGUAAAGCACCGAAACCCGCGCCUCCGUCAGAUAUACAAUCCUCUAUUCUCACUAGUGCGUCAGCGCUCACAGCUGGCGGCCGAAAGAAGAAGCGGAAGGGAGCCCUCACGUCCACUUCCAGCUAUAGUAUGACUUCUUCCGCCCUCCACCGUACAGAAGGCCUUACUCUCCUUGAUCAACGCUUCGACAAGAUCGAAGAGGAAUAUGCUGCGGAAGACUUCCCAGAUGAUGCAUCCAUGGUGUCUGGAAUGAGUAAGAUGACCGGUCUCAGCAAAAUGUCCGGAAUGAGCGGCUUCUCCAAUCUGAGCGAGGCUCCACAGCUAAGGUCAGAUUUCGACAGCAUCAUGGACGACUUCUUGGGCAGUCACUCGAUGGCAGGAAAGAGGCGGGUGAGGAAGGGCAAACCGCAAUCUGGAUUGGAGCAGCUAGAUGAGAUCAGACAGGGCCUGGGUCCUGCGCGCGUCAAUAGACCGAAGACUCAGAGAGCUUGAUAGAAUGCUCCUAUGGCAUGGGAACGGCGUUCUAUGAGGAUUAAUAGGACAUGGGAUACCCAUUUCAAAUGCUAAAGGUAGUCAUGGGGAUUUCAAUUUCGAACACUUUGUUUGCUACUUCAUCUGUUGCUUCUUUGAGUCCUGAAUGCCCGGCUGAGAGACCUCGAGCAGGGCUUCUUCGUGGCUUGCGACUAAACGGCGUGUCUCUUGGUAGAGAUUGGCAAUCCAAGAUAUCUUCUUCCCU